UCGCGCAGCUCUGGUCGUCGCUCUCCGUGUCCGUGUGCCCUUUUUCCGUAUCCGUAUUCCUGUGUCUGUGCGAAAACCCAAAGGGGGGAAAAGCUGCCACAGAGAGGGAGAGAGAGAAAGCCUUCCUACUACUAGCUUCACGUGCCUGCAGAUAAACAAAGCAAUCGAAAUACCACACACAGUGUAUCGCAACGGAAAAAAGAAAUAGUGCUUUGCUUUCAUUUAUUGUGUGCAUAUCGGGAGAGUUGUAACUCAAACCCUCUCUCCAAACCCCCCAACAAAAACACCUAGAACUCUUUACGAUUCCACCACAAGAUGUCUCUGCUCACGGGCAACAGCCAUUCGCUCUCGGAGGAGGAACUCGACGAAUACUCCGAUGGCACUGUCAAAUUGCGCAACUCAAACAUCGAGCUCAUGGACCAGGACAUCCUCUAUCACCUGGCACUGGGCAGCGAGAGCCACGACCUGCAGGAGAUGUUUGGCGACGUUAAGUUUGUCUGCAUGGGUGGCACACCAAAGCGCAUGGAGAACUUUGCCCACUUCAUCAUGAAUGAGAUUGGCUACAAGCUGCCAGCUGGAACCCAACUCCAGGACAUCAGUGCCUACUCCUAUCGCUAUUCCAUGUACAAGGUUGGUCCCGUGCUCUGUGUUAGUCAUGGCAUGGGUACACCCUCCGUCAGCAUCCUCAUGCACGAGAUGAUCAAGCUGAUGUACCAUGCCAAGUGCAAGGAUCCCGUCUUCAUUAGGAUCGGCACCUGUGGUGGUGUAGGCGUUGAGGGCGGCACUGUCAUCAUCACCGAGGAUGCUCUGGAUGGACAGCUCCGUAAUUCCCAUGAAUUUACCAUUCUGGGCGAGACCGUUCACCGUCCUGCCAAGCUGGACAAGAAGCUGGCCCGCGAGCUGAAAGCCUUGGCUACUGCCGAUGAUCCUUAUGAUACCAUCAUUGGCAAGACACUCUGCACAAAUGAUUUCUAUGAGGGUCAGGGUCGAUUAGAUGGUGCCUUCUGUGAGUUCAGCGAGAACGAUAAGAUGGCCUAUCUGGAGAAGCUGCGCGACAAUGGAGUGGUCAACAUCGAGAUGGAGAGCACCAUAUUUGCGGCACUGACCCACCAUGCCGGCAUCAAGGCUGCGGUGGUGUGUGUGGCCCUAUUGAAUCGCCUAAAUGGCGACCAAGUCAAUGCCCCCAAGGAGGUCAUGCACGAGUGGCAGCAGCGUCCCCAGAUCCUUGUGGCGCGGUAUAUACGCAAGGUGCUGUCGCACAAUGGACAGUUGAAGUCGCUCUUUGGUCACCAGGGUUCCAUCAAGUCCCCCAGGCGCUUCAAGCUCGUCCAGCAGGAGUCCCAGGCCCACGAGUAAUCGGAAAAUCGAGGGAAUCCAAGAGUUUCGUUUAAAGUUACCUUCUCUUACUCUAUAUAUAUAUAUAUAUGUAUGUGCGCAUCUCUCCAGUA